AUGGCUCCUACACCAUACUCGCGCUCCACAUACCCUCGCUCUCCGUAUCUGUGUUCUCCCCCCAACUCGCCGGCAUUGGUCUCCAAUCUAGAUGGUGUUCAUGCUCCCUCCGAGGGCCCCUCCACUGCUCCCCCUUUGUCCACUGACAUCAUGCCGCCUUCGUCCUACCAAGUCUUCCCAUCCACUGAGCAGCCUGCCUUGCCAGCGUUGACGGAUCAACCUUGCCCCAUCUUAUCAUUCCCGGCUUGCGCUCAACCUCCCUCGGAUCCCUUGCAUUUGUUCGCAUUCCUCCCCAAAAAGCCAGUGUACGCAGUCGACUGCAAUGUAGCGGCACCCAGUCCGAGGUUGUUACUGCAUGUGUCCAUUGAUGCUGCUCUCACACUACCCUUAGUGGACCUCAUAGCCGAGGCGGCUGUAGAACUUUUCACUAACUUUCCCGACUACCGCAUCAAUUUUCAGGAGAUGGUACAAGUAGCUGUUCACAACGAGGUCCUCAACAUCUACAACAACAAGGACCUGACAAGAUUUUUCCAGCAGUGCGCUGGGCAGGAGAUGCAUCAACAGAUUGAGUUGGCCCGAGCGCGCAUCGCCACUGCCAACAGCGCGCACGCUCGAAUGGAUGGCAAGACAGUGGAAACGGCAACGUCACUGCUCAAUGUUUCCCAGCAGUUCAGUCAUCUCCCCACUGACCCUCGUGACGCCUCUCAUUCCGAGAACAUCGGAUACACUAACAGUCGGAGGGUAAACAAGGAUCGUCUCCCCUUUGCAACAUAUAUCACUCCACAUGCCCCCUCCGAGCCGCCGUAUUAUUGGGUUCCGUAUGGCUAUGCCAUCGGCGUCUUCUCAAAGCUUGUGUGGUCUGGAGGCCAAGGAUUGGUCGGUCAUGAGGUGUCCUCACUUGAGGAAGCCCUCAAUGCCUUGGAGAAUGUGCUGAGGGAGGGUCACUUCAGCCUCAUACACUAG